GGGGAGCUGUUGGAGAACCAGGGCUGGCCUGGGUGAGCCAGCAGCCCAGGAUGCCUGCCACCGCUGUGGAGGGCCUGCCGGUGGCCCUGAGCCCGGCCGAGAAGGCCAUGUGCAAAGUGGUGUACGGCGCCCCGCGCCCGCGCCCGCUGCUGCUACCCGUGGGCCUGGAGCUGUGGCUGUAUGUGCAGAAGAUGCGCAGCCUGCGCGGGAAGAGAAUGGAGGCCUCGUGCCUGGAGCUGGCCCUGGAGGGUGAGCGGCUCUGCAAGGCUGGGGACUUCAAGGCAGGCGUGGCCUUCUUUGAAGCCGCAGUGCAGGUGGGCACUGAGGACCUGAAGACACUGAGCGCCAUCUACAGCCAGCUUGGCAACGCCUACUUCUACCUUCGGGAGUAUGCCCGGGCCCUGGAGUACCACAAGCAUGACCUGCUGCUGGCACGGACCAUCGGGGACCGCAUGGGCGAGGCCAAGGCCAGUGGGAACCUGGGCAACACACUCAAGGUCCUGGGGCGCUUUGAUGAGGCUGUGGUCUGCUGCCAGCGCCACCUGGACAUCGCCCAGGAGCAGGGGGACAAGGUGGGGGAGGCCAGGGCGCUCUACAACAUCGGCAACGUGUACCACGCCAAGGGCAAGCAGCUGUCCUGGAGUGCCUCACAGGACCCCGGCCACCUACCGCCUGAUGUCCGGGACAUUCUGCGCAGGGCCUCCGAGUUCUAUGAGCGGAAUCUGUCCCUGGUGAAGGAGCUGGGCGACCGGGCAGCCCAGGGCAGGGCCUAUGGCAACCUAGGCAACACCUACUACCUGCUGGGAAGCUUCAUGGAGGCCACGGCCUUCCACAAGGAGCGGCUGGCCAUCGCCAAGGAGUUUGGAGACAAGGCGGCCGAGCGCAGAGCCUACAGCAACCUGGGCAACGCCCACAUCUUCUUGGGGCGCUUCGACGUGGCUGCUGAGUACUACAAGAAGACGCUGCAGCUGUCCCGGCAGCUCAAGGACCAGGCGGUGGAGGCACAGGCCUGCUACAGCCUGGGCAACACCUACACCCUGCUGCAGGACUAUGAGCGUGCUGCUGAGUACCACCUGCGGCACCUGAUCAUCGCCCAGGAGCUCGCCGACAGAGUGGGUGAGGGCCGGGCUUGCUGGAGUCUUGGGAAUGCCUACGUGUCCAUGGGGAGCCCUGCGCAGGCGCUGACCUUCGCCAAGAAACACCUGGAGAUCUCACAGGAGAUUGGGGACCGCAAUGGGGAACUCACAGCCCGCAUGAACGUGGCCCAGCUGCAGCUGGCCCUGGGCCGCCUGACUAGCCCGGCUGCCGCAGAAAAGCCGGACCUGGCUGGCUAUGAGGCUCAAGGAGCCAGACCCAAGAGGACGCAGAGACUGAGCGCAGAGGCCUGGGACCUGCUGAGGCUCCCUCUGGAGCGGGAGCAGAAUGGAGACAGCCAUCAUGCAGGGGACUGGCGGGGGCCAGGUAGGGACACGCUCCCCCUCCCCAUGAGGAGCAGGAAGUACCAGGAGGGGCCGGACGCUGCAGAGAGGAGGCCCCGGGAGGGCAGCCACUCCCCGCUGGACAGUGCAGACGUCCGGGUGCAGAUGCCACGCACGAGCAUCCCUCGGGCCCCAUCCUCGGAUGAGGAGUGUUUCUUUGACCUGCUGAGCAAGUUCCAGAGCAGCCGCAUGGACGAUCAGCGCUGUCCCCUGGAGGAGAACCAGCCCGGGGCUGCAGAGGCCACAGCCGCCCCCACGCUGGAGGAGAGGAUGGCUCAGCCCUCGAUGACAGCCUCUCCCCAGACGGAGGAGUUCUUCGACCUCAUUGCCAGCUCCCAGAGCCGCCGCCUGGAUGACCAGCGGGCCAGCGUGGGCAGUCUGCCCGGCCUGCGCAUCACCCACAACAACCUCGGACACCUGCGCGGUGACGGGGACCCCCAGGAGCCUGGUGACGAGUUCUUCAACAUGCUCAUCAAGUGCCAGUCCUCCAGAAUUGAUGACCAGCGCUGCCCGCCGCCUGACGUGCUGCCCCGAGGUCCCACCAUGCCCGACGAGGACUUCUUCAGCCUUAUCCAGAGGGUGCAGGCCAAGCGCAUGGAUGAGCAGCGGGUGGACCUCGCUGGGAGCCCUGAGCCAGAGGUGGGCGGGCCACCAGAGCCCAGGCAGCAGUGCCAGCCGGGCACCAGCUAAGGCCUUGCUCCCACAACCGAGCCCACCUCUCGCAACUCUAGGACCCAGAGGGGUCCAGUCACCCACAAUGCCCUCAGUCCCCUGAGAAGCCACGUGGUCACGGCUGAGGGUGGGCUACAGACCUCCAGCCCCCCCCACAAGGGGCACGUAGCCUCUCAGUACCCCCUUCCCCAAGGCAGCAGGCUUGACACAGGGUUGCCUGUGGGGCUAGGGGGUCAUACUUCUGUCCAGAGCUGACCUCCCCAAGGUACACAGCUUCCCACAGGCUGCCCUGCGCUAUCCCACCCCUGUCCAAGGCCAGCUGGGCCCUCAGCAUGUCGGCCCGAACCCCGGUGCUGUCCACACCCUCUCUCCCCUCUCCCUGCCCAGCCAAAUGUGAAAAUCCUGCUGCCUCUCCCAAGCCCCCAAAGUGUCUCUGAUGCCCCAUCUCUGGGUAAGCUAGUGACAUGGACCUUCCUAUCCUCCCAAAGUUGUCCCCAGGGCCCAGGGACAUCCCCAGGCAGAGCCCUCUCCCUCCUACCUGGGGGAAGGUGAAGGAGGAAGAUGGCACAGAAACUCUGUAGCCUGUCCCCCAAGCCCCUAGGCUAGGUCCUGCACUUUAGCCCCAAUCUAAUUGAGUUCUGAUGUGGGGAGGGGGCAGCUAAGGCAGUCCUCAGCACCAAGCCCCAGGAACGGGAGACAUUGUGAGAGUGGAGCCUCACUCCAGCAGGGUGGGAAUGGUGCCAACUCUGUGGCCAUGGCCAAAGUCAGUGGGUCAGUGAGAGCCUGCCUUGGCACUCCCCUAGCCCCCCCCCAAAGGUGCACCCAUCCCACCUGUUGGGAGAGAUGACAACAUUGCCUUUUCCCAUGGGAAGGGCCCAGCCCCAGCCCCCACAAUAUCAGCCUGAGGAGUGGGCAGGAGACAGGCCCCCUCCAGGAACAGUCAUCUGCUCUUGUUAAGACCCCUCCCUGCCUGGGCCCACCUCCUGCCCCCCCCCCCAGCCAGCUCCCCUGUAGAUCCCUGGGUACCACCAUCCUGAGGUGUAGCUUGGGGGGCUUUGGGUAGAGGCUGGCCCUGGCUCAGUGUGCAGCUCAGGGCAGGGUCGGGGGUGCGGGUCCCAGGCAGCCCGCAUACUUGAAUGUACGUGUGUAUUUAUUGCCACAUGUGUUUGCCAUGCUGUUCGUGGGUCCUUUCCAACCCAACAGGUACUUUUGUUUUUUUGUUUCCCCUCCCCAAAAUAAAGUCUGCCAAGUGAAA